UUCAUCACAGUGGGCGUGACUUUACGUGGUGUAACCAAUCCCCUGUCUCCAUUUUGUGAUGGGCGUGCCAUAGAUUCAGUGCUUAGAAGCCGAAGCUAACGCCGAAUAAACAACUAAGUUAGCUUGUCAGCAACUUCUGAAAUGGCGUCGUUAACGGCGACAGAACCGGAGAUAUGCCCGGGUGCAGCAGAGUCCAUAGUGCCCGCUUGUAUGUUUGCACCGGACCAGGGAUGUGCCGACGAUCCAUCCAGCGGAGAGUGCUUUGAAGACGGCGAGGGCACAAACGGCGAGCCCGCGGAUCAUUUAGACUUAAGCAGCAAGCUGGUCCUAGUGAGUCCAACAGGGGAACAGUAUGAUUCAUUACUACGGCAUCUAAGGGAGCGGAUAGAUGAGGGAUGUGGAGAGACAAUCUAUGUGGUUGGGAUGGGCUCAGAUGGAGGUGAUUAUGGUCUGGAUGACAAAGACAUGGAGGCGUCGGUAGCCACGGUGCGGUCGCUGUGUGAACAGAUUGAGGCUGACCUGAUCUGGCUGAGGGAGAGGACGGAUACCGGUGGAAAGAUUCAGGACUACCUCAUCCGCCGGCGUGUGGGCGAGCAGGAUUUCCUGGAAGUCAGAGUGGCGGUGGUAGGGAAUGUGGAUGCAGGGAAGAGCACUCUGCUGGGAGUUUUGACCCACGGUGAGCUGGACAAUGGCAGGGGCUUCGCUCGCCAAAAGCUCUUCAGACACAAACACGAAAUGGAGAGUGGCAGGACCAGCAGUGUGGGCAACGAUAUCCUGGGUUUUGACCAGGAGGGACAGGUGGUGAACAAACCAGACAGCCAUGGUGGUGGACUAGACUGGACCAAGAUCUGUGAGAAAUCCUCUAAGGUCAUCACAUUCAUUGACUUGGCUGGCCAUGAGAAGUACCUCAAGACCACUGUCUUUGGCAUGACAGGACACCUGCCAGAUUUCUGCAUGCUCAUGGUUGGCAGUAACGCCGGCAUCGUUGGCAUGACCAAAGAGCAUCUGGGUCUGGCACUGGCCCUAAAUGUGCCAGUGUUUGUAGUGGUUACUAAGAUAGACAUGUGUCCAGCCAACAUUCUGCAAGAGACGCUAAAAUUAUUACAGAGGCUAUUAAAGUCACCAGGCUGCAGGAAAAUCCCUGUGUUGGUCCAGAACAAGGAUGAUGUCAUCGUCACAGCCUCCAACUUCAGCUCUGAGAGAAUGUGUCCAAUCUUUCAAAUUUCAAAUGUGACGGGAGAGAACAUGGACCUGUUGAAGAUGUUCCUCAACCUCCUCUCAUCUAGGACCAACUUCAGCAACGAUGAGCCUGCUGAGUUCCAAAUAGACGACACAUACUCAGUACCGGGUGUGGGCACAGUAGUUUCAGGCACUACGUUACGUGGAAUGAUACGACUCAACGACACGCUGCUCUUAGGCCCAGACCCACUGGGCACUUUCAUCCCCAUCGCCGUUAAAUCCAUCCACCGCAAGAGGAUGCCUGUCAGAGAGGUUCGGGGAGGACAGACGGCGUCCUUUGCCCUCAAAAAGAUCAAACGUUCAUCUAUAAGGAAAGGCAUGGUGAUGGUUUCCCCAAAGUUGAUGCCACAGGCCACCUGGGAGUUUGAGGCUGAGAUUUUGGUGCUACACCACCCCACCACGAUAUCCCCGAGAUACCAGGCCAUGGUCCACUGUGGCAGCAUCAGGCAGACAGCCACCAUCCUGACCAUGGACAAAGACUGUCUGCGGACAGGGGACAAAGCCACAGUCCACUUCCGCUUUAUUAAGACUCCUGAGUACCUGCACUGUGACCAGAAACUGGUGUUCAGGGAAGGGCGCACCAAAGCUGUGGGCACCAUCACAAAGCUUCUCCAAUCCGUGAACACCCAGGCAGCUAAGGCCCAGCAGGCCAAGAUGCAGGCCAGUAAGAAGUAUUUUAAAGAGGGCACAGCAGCUAAUGAAGAGGCUGGAUCAACAGCACGGCCACCUAGUCCUAACGCAGCACAGCUUCCACUCAAGUCGGGAGGUGGAGGACGCAGAAGAGGUGGUCAGAGACAUCGAGGGAAAGGACUGAACACUGCAACAAUCUCUACAGCGGUGCCUGCAGGAGCAGCAGGCACCGCCUAAAACCUUCCAUUUCUCUUCAGCUCGCCUCAUCUCCUUUACAGGAAGGGAAAGUGACUAUAUGGCCAUCUGGUGGUUUCACACAAAGACUGACUGCACAUGUUUGUUUAAAUGAUAACUCAACAACUUUGUUGAUUAAUUAUAAAUUAUGAAUAAUCAAGUGAGUGAAUAAUUUUCCUCAUUAGGUCAAUUUAAAGCUUUAUUGGUGUAAUUAAUUGUGGGCUGCUGAAUUUGAUAUUGCGUUUUUAUUUAGUUUGAGUUUAUGCAGUUAUCUGCAAUUGUAGAUUACAUUAUAUAACCUUUCCUAUUUUAAUACAAAGGUUUGGGGGUUUUGUUCAUCAGAACCUAUUGUAGAUUCUUUUUUCCCAGCCAGCAGAAGGAUCAGUCACUUCCCCUGCCUAAACUUUCUCCACCUUCCACAAUGUACUUUAUUUUUUUUGCGCAUCUUCUUUUCCUCAUUCUACUCUUCUAGCAUUUGUAACACACCUUUUUCCAGAUGGCACCAGGGUUUGGAGUCUAUUUACUGUCACAUCAGUCAUUUGAGGAAGUAGACUGUGUUUAGGAGACUGCUGGUACAUUGACAUUGGCAGUUUAAAUUCACAUUGGGAAUUGAAUGAACUGGAAGGGGAACUUCUUUAGGGUGGUAGCUAAAAUUCUCAUCUGGAAAUCACAAGUAAAGCAAAUCUUCAGAUGGUAACAGUGCCAUGGUUUGGUGAAUUCUGCUGCCAGUUGACAGGAAAGUUAUAAUCCUAUCCUGGACUUGUGACCACUGUACUGCACUGUUCACCAGUCAUCACUGUCAUGUAACAACAUGCAGCAUCAUUAUCUUCCAUCCAUUUGAUCUCAUAUGGCCUAAGUUUAUUCUAGCCAUUGUAUCAUUGUUAUGCCUUCCUUUUUAAGCCAGUGUUGCAGUUUUACUAGUUCCAGUUCAUGCAGCCAAGAGAGAAUAGAUCCGAAAUACCUUUGCCCCCCCCAACUAAUGUCAAGUGUCAAAGUGGCUUUGUUAUGUGUUAACCUGGCAGAGGUCCUCUUAUCUUAAGCCAAGCAAGCACAAGCACAACUUUCUGCCAUUUUGACGCAGUCUGACCACCAACAAUCCAGAAGUUGAAAGUCCACGUACAAAAAUGAUUCAUCCACUAUUUUUACUACUUCAGUGCAAAAACUCAAGCGGUGUUUCAUACCUUUUAAAUGUCAAAAAGCCAAGUAACAACAUAUUUAAUUCACUAAAAAUGAUUCACUGUGACUAAAAUAUGUUUUGCCGCCAGCUUCUAAGCUUCAAAUUUCCUUACAAAUGUAUAACAGACACAGGAAGUCAAAUUAUUUCAUAUGACCAGAGAUCAAAUAUAUUAUGGUAACCAAUUAUUUAAGUGUAUUUCUAUAUGACUCAGUUUUGACUCUACAGCAGUCAAUUAGCCAGAUAAAGCAUGGGACGGAAACUGUAGAAAAAAACAUGUUAUGGGUCUAAACACACUAGCGAAUAGUGUACAACAAGUUAACAAUGCAAGUCAUGUCAGAAUUUCUCUAAUAAGCGGACAUAAACCAUUGAUCACAUCAAAGUAAUCUAAACAUUUAAUUGAGUUGCCACAUUCUAUUUCAACGGACAACUACAACCUUUUGUUUGCUAUGUAUUUUUUCUACUAGUUUUAUCCAAUUGUUUGUCCUCCACCCAGUUUUGAGUUUGUUUUUGGAAGGUAACUGAACACUUACACCCAGUAUACCCUUUCAUAUACAUACUACAAUUUAAUACUGGUCUGAGAGUCUUUUGGGUCACUGAAUUACCCAUAUUAUGAAGAUCACAAACAUACUGAACUGCCAGAAUAUAUCCCUGUCUUUCUAUUAAACUAUUUUUUUUUCUUUUUAAAAGACUUAAAAAAACCUUUUUUUGAAGGGACAGAUUUUGUGUGUAUGUUUGUACAAAAGUACAAGUUGUGCAGAAGAACUAAGGAUAAAAAAAAAGAUACCAUUUAAAUUGAGUGCUGCCAGUUUGUGUUGUAAAUCCUUUUAAAUAAAGAUGUUAUAGAAAACUGA